AUGAGUUUAGGUGCACAGGACUACGAACGAUGUGUUCUCCCGAAGUAUCUGGGUGUGUUUUCAGUAAGAACACAGAGAGUCACAGAUGGCACCAAGUCAGAGGCUGGUGUCCUAAUCUCCGAGGUUCCAAAGCGUCACACAGUUCUCCGUAAUGACAGUCCAAGGGAACCUCAGUUCUACUGUUGGUCAGUGAGCUUAAGCCAAACGGUUAUCAACCAAGUGAAUUGUGACUUCCAUCGCCGUCGGCCCAGCACACCGGCUUCGCAGCCACGUACGCGCCCGGGCCUCUGCCUCCAGGGAGGAGGGUGCGAAAAGCCAAAGUCACCGGGAAGAUCAGCAGGCCCGAGGCACGGCGGCCCGGGGAGGGACGGAGGGCGCCGCGCCGCGACCGUGCCAGAGCUCGGAGCGGGGCGACCGAGCCGAGAGCCGAGCUCCGCGCGGGGGUCACGUGCGGGCCGCCCGCGACCGCUCAAGGCCGGCCGCCCCGCCGUCCCCACAAAGGCCGCAGCCCCGCCGCCGCCCUCACCAGGGCCGCCCGGCCGCCCCCGGCCCCACCCCGCCCCGCCGCGCUCACUUCUUGUCAGGGCAGAUCCAGUCUCCGUCACUGACUCGGAAAUUCUUGGUCGACAUCUUGGACGCCAGCAGCACAGCCGCCCGCAGCGACGUCCCGACCGGAGCCGCGGGGCCUCGCGCCGGGCUGUCCGCGCGCCGCCGGACCCGCCCUCCGCUGUGGGGGAGGGCGGACGACGAAGGCCUCCCGGCCGCGAGCCUGGCGCCGCCGUGCGGAGACGACGCCCGAGAGCCCGCUGCUCGGCCCGAGGCUCGGCCCCGAUGCGGCCUCACCGCGUCCCUGGGCAGGCGCGGCGGGGACAGCCCGGCCCGGUGGCCAUCAUAGCGCCGCGCGGACCGUCACAGCGCCGCAGGCGCAGCAGAGAGACCCGCAGACCAAAGGACCCCAGAGAAACGCACUUCCGCCUCCGGGGCGGGGCUAGGGUCGCAGAGGCGGAAGUGACUCGCGGGGCUCGGAAGCAUGGGCUUUGGCGUUGCCUAGGGUUCACUGGGGCGAGCGAGAAGCACGCAAUCCUUGAGUUGGCACCACAGGCUCAGUCUUGCGUAUAUUGGCCAGGGCUUUCUCGCAGCUCCUAGAUACGGACCUCAGACGUGCAUCAUGUGGCCCUCUGAAAGCAUGGAGCUUAUUGUUCCGAAGCCAACAGGAGAGCUUCUCCCAAUUCUGCUGCUGCUGCUGUUACAGCUUCUUACAACAGCUAUUAUUGUUGCUAGAGUCCUAUAUUCAAUGUGACACCAUAGGUGAAAUGAUUCUACUACUUUUGCUAUAUUACAUAACCUAAUAAAAGGAGGGGCAUCCCAUAACACUCCCAAGUGCUUCAGGAAUCUUAGGAGCCAUUUUUAGAUCUCACCAACUAUGGUUCUUGAAUGAGUAACUGCUGCCAGCACAUGAAAUCCUUCUUAAACGGAUUGUCCACUUUUUUCUUUGACAUUCUCCUGAGAACAGCCACUAGUUUAUUAGUGUGCUUAGAAAGUAUGAAUUUCCGGUGUGAAUACACUCAUGUCUCACAGACUUCAAAGAUACAUCUCUGAGCAUAUUUUGUCACACAGUUUUCCUUACAAUUUAAAAUAAAUGUGCUGUAAGAAAUGAUUAAA